GUCCAUCCAUUAUACAACACGACCUACACCCUACACGCCCUCACAUCCCUCUACAAAUUUCCCGCCCUCACCGCAGCAGCCCUAAAACCGCACUCCCGUCGCCUCCUCCAGCGCCUCCGCGGCGACUCCCUCCGCGGCGUGACCCUCCCAACGAACACCACAGACCCCUCCCUCUCGCGCGCGGGCAAGCUCCUCUCAGUCACCUGGCUGCCGCUGCACCCCGAGCCCCCGGCAACCCGCGGCGUUCACAUAGAACUCACCUAUGAGUCGGCCUCCUACACCGCGCUCCUAAUCGGCAGCGACAGCGGCCCCGCAGAGCCCGAAGGCUUCAUGCGGCUCCCGCUGCUGAUGAGCCGCAUGCCCUCGCUGCUGCGCGAAACGCUGCUGUCGUAUCUCACCACCACGUUCGAUAUCCUCGUGCUACCUGUCGCGCUGGAGGACGAGCUGCUGCGGCGCGCACUGGACAUGUAUGUGGACUGCCUUGAGGGCGGCGGCGGGAAGAGUGUCGUUAUGGCAUUUGCUCCGACGGAGGGGGAAGGGUUGAAGAGGGUGGAGAUCACGAUUGAGGCUGCGGAUGUGGGCGGUUUUUGGCAGAGGAGGGGGGAGGGCGGGUUUUUGGAGGCGCUGGGGAGACAUUGUCUCGAUGCUAUGGGCUUGAGGUUGGAGGAAGUUGCAUUGGUGAAGGUUGCGACAGGCGGGUUUGUACUGGCAGCUGAGGGGAAAGGGAAGUUC